AUGUGGAUAUAUCUUUUACUGACUAUCUUCCAGAUCAAUCUCGGUCAAGGUAUUCCGGCAACAUACCAGACCAGAUUUGGCGGCCAAGAAUCAGAAGCACGAGCACGAGAAAACUAUCCUCCGGUUUCUGCAACACCUGUCCAGCCAGCGGCUCUCAAUCCUUAUAUCGAGGGCUAUUUGACCGUUUCGAUUAAGAAAACCAGUGUACCAGGCAGUAUAGCGCAAUUAAUCCCACCCCUAUCUACGGUCAAGCCAGACACCACUGGUAUUGUUGUGACAGAGCUCGAGACUGGCGGACGCUCCAGUGUUCCUCCUUUUCCCACGGAUAAAAUCCCCUUACCGUCACUCAUCGUAGGCUUUGGACCUGCUGUGAACCCCACUUCAACAUCGAAAAGUCCGACCAGUAUGACACAAACUACAACGUCUCAAAACAUCUUCAGCGCACCUAUUGCAGUCAAUGCUCCCGCCGCCAUUUUCCCAGUGAGGACAGAUCAUCCAGUACCUCGCCUUGGUGUGACUGAUAAGGGGCCACACCAAACAAACAAAUUCUACGGCAAUUUCAACUUGGGUAACCAAAAUGCUCCUGCGUUUGUUCAUCCAUAUUCCGUGGCAUGGGCGAAGGGUCGAGGAGCCUCGUCUAGCUGGGGGUUAUCGAUUUCGCAUAUCGAAGCUGAUCAGCGUGUGUACGGUGACAAGUCGUCAAUCUCUGGCGUUAAUGCCGUGCGAUACUAUAUAAACCCAAUCGGAAUUCAGUCUUUGUGUCUGUCAGCUGUAGAACUUGGAUCUACAACGGCUCUUACUCUGGAUACUACGGGCACUCAGUCUGUCAAUGUCAACUUGCUGAACAAAUCAGGCGGCAAAAUCGUCAUCACAUUUCCUCUGGUUCAGGGUAUGGCCUUCGUUACAGCGGUCUAUACAGGCUCAACACCUGUGGUUAGCACUGGAGUUCUCUUCAAACAAGUUACCAAGUCGACCCACGGCCCCAAAGCUGGAGUGACAAAAUACACCAUGUAUUUGGAAGAUGGCAGAACUUGGCAUGUGUAUGCAUACUCGCCAAACGGUGACACUCUAGAUCUCAAUGUCAUCAACAACGGAUAUGCAAAAGCAAGCAAGCCCUUCAACGGCAUAAUACAGGUUGCGAAGGAUCCUGGUGGUGCCGAAAGCAUCCUAGACGCAGCAGCAGGAGCAUACCCAACGAGUGUAACUCUCUCUGGGACUGCUACUGGGUCAAAGGGAACCUACACGUUCACAUACACGAAAGCGGGUCUAAUGAAUACCAAGCUAGUCAUAUAUGCUUUGCCACAUCACGUCGAUUGUUUCGACGCCAAAACAAUCAGUGGGAAAACCCAAAUUCAACUACAGACUACCACGAAAGGUAUGGCCACCGCAAUUGUUGGUGACUCUUGGACUAUGGUUGAGCCCAAUAUGCCAGUCAACAUGGAUUUUGCGCCUUGGGAUCCGAAAACGGGACCCAAGAAGAUAUUAAAGGUGCAGCAUAUCAACACAAUUGCUCCUGUUGCCUUGAAAGAGAUCUCGCAGAACGUGGACCAGCAAUCGAACCAAGACUCGAUGUAUUUUAGUGGAAAGGCUCUGGCUAAGUUUGCUUACUUGUGCUACGCUGUUCACGAUCUUCUUGGUAACAAGGACUUGGCUCAAACUGCCUUGAAUAAUCUCAAAUCAGCCUUCACUCGCUUUGCGCUCAACCGACAACAGUUUCCGCUGUACUACGAGAGUGCUUGGGGGGGAAUAGUGUCCUCAGCCACAUAUCAAACAGGCAAUAACGGUGCCGACUUUGGCAAUACUUACUACAAUGACCACCACUUCCACUAUGGUUAUUUCAUCCUUGCAGCUGCCAUAAUCGGGCACCUGGACCCUACGUGGCUGACUUUGACCAAUAUUGACUACGUAAACACACUCGUCAGAGACGUAGCCAAUCCAAACAGUCAAGACCCUUAUUUUCCGGUGUCCCGGAAUUUCGACUGGUAUAAUGGGCACAGUUGGGCACACGGUCUCUACGAGUCUCUCGAUGGCAAGGAUCAAGAAUCGAGUUCAGAAGACGCAAUGGCUGCAUACGCCAUCAAGAUGUGGGGCAAGAUCAGCAACAAUGUCAAUAUGGAAGCCAGAGGUAAUCUGAUGCUAUCGAUCAUUACGCGAUCAUUGAGCAACUACUACCUGUAUACAUCGGAUAAUAAGAUCCAGCCUUCGAAUUUUAUUGGAAAUCGAGUUGCGGGGAUCCUCUUCGAAAAUAAAGUCGACCAUACGACCUACUUUGGUAACAACAUUGAAUACAUCCAAGGCAUUCACAUGUUGCCCCUGCUACCCAGCACCAAGCUUACUCGGCCCGCUAAUUUCGUGACUCAAGAGUGGUCGACCUACUUCAGCAACGGGCGUGCUGACAAGGUCGAAGGUGGCUGGAGGGGCAUCCUCUAUGCCAAUCUUGCAACAGUGGAUCAGAACACAGCCUGGGAAUUCUUUACCCAGAAGACCUUCGAUCCUGCAUGGUUGGAUGGUGGUGUAUCGUUGACAUGGUACCAGGCGUAUACGGCAGGUAAGUCGACGAGAUCAAUGGUUGCUUCGCUCGGACGCUAG